AUGACUAACACAAGACAUGAAUGUGCGAUUGCCUUUUGUCCUGUUAAGAUUACCAAUCAGCAGCUUAUGAAAAUACUUUCUACUAUGAGAGCUGAUAUGUCUACCAUAAAAGGACAGAUCGGCAAUGUUGAGCAAACUCUGACCAACAUGAAUGACAGAAUUGGCGUUCUUGCUACCACCAGCACCAACACCAUCAGUGCCAUAGAUAGUUUGGCCAGAGCUCCCCUUGCUGCUCCUGUGAGAGCCAAACUCACUGUUGCUGCACCUGUUGUCAUCUCCAACCAUGAGCCUACUUGUGAAGAAUCUAAUGCAGUUUAUCUUAGCUUGAGAACGCCAGAAAAUAUCCUGGCCAACAAUCUCAAGCCCAGAUGGGAUACAAAUGUUGCUUUCAACAAAUCUCCCAACAGGGAGAUAGCCAAGAGACUUCUUUUUAACCUUGAGCACAUGUUUGGUUCCUCUAGUAUGAAACAGAGUGACCUCCAAAAGAGGUUGCAUACCAACUUCACUAGUAGAACCCGUCAUGAGAGAAUGUCUGAUGAUGAGAUAGUGGAAACAAAUGCUCUUACACAAAGAGCAGCCUGUGCAGAUGAUAAUGAGUGUUACCGUGUACUGGCAUACAAAGACAAUAAGGAGACAAUUGAUCUUGUAAUGCUCAGAGACUGUGCCAACACUCUCCAAAAAGCAGUAAUGUCAGAUGGAGAGUCUGCCAAUGAAAUGGACGAGGAUGGCAUAAAACAUGUCAUUCAUAUUUGCAACCGUUUCAUUGCACUUGUUGACACUUAUGCUGUCCAGGCCAUGGGGUCAAGUGCUAAUCAAAGGAUCCAGACAGGCUCAAAAUAA